AUGAAAUCAUCUAUAUUGCUUAUACUUUUCGUUAUUGUGAAAUGUGAUGAAUAUCUAGAAUUGCUCAAAAGCACAGUCGGAGUUCGUAUUCUUCCUCUUCGAAUAGACAUCAAUAGUACAGAGCUGGUAGGACACCCUGUGUGUCGUCUUACCGUUCAUAAAAAUACAUGCACUGGCCCUUCAAUCAGUUUCAAUGAUACAAUUUCAUGGUCGACAAAAGUAUGCUUCCAAUGGCGAUGCAAUGCUCUUGAUCAUGCUAUGAAAAUAAGCAACUGUUGGAUUGGAACAACGAAGAAUCCCGUCUACCUCAUACGAUCUAAUGGAUGCACAACAGAAUCUGCCUUACUACGGACGCCUUCUUAUUUGUCAUUUCAAAGAGCAAUAUCUAUUGGAUGGUUAACAGUGAGGGAGGUUGGAAUGAAGAAUAUCUACAUUCAAUGUGAUAUAACGUUGUGUCAUUUUUGCGACCCGUACUGUCAGGAAAGCACACCUCCCAGGAAGUGUUCGGAAGUUUCAAAUCAGACAGUUGAAAACUACGACAGAAUGUGGAAUUCUAGUAAAGCUGUUGAUAAACUCUGUAAUCCGGUGAUUGAAUUGGAACCAACCUCAACAAGUUAUCUUUCAAACAGCUCAACCAUAUCCAUCACUUGCAAACCUUUGAAUGAAACAUUCAAAACCUAUGAUCCGAGAAAGAACAUCUGUCUUAUUCUCGACAACACUCGUCGCAAAUAUGAAUGA